UUCCUUUAUGCAACUUACAUUGCCCCAUCUGCCAGUAUGGACAUUGGACUUCAUCAGAGUAAGAAAAACAUGAUUUAUCAGAGAAUUGACCCAGCUUUUGAGGAUCUUUUUGAUCCAGCAGAAGAAUAUAUCCUCACUGUUCUGCUAGAACCAUGGAUGAAGAUGGUGGAAGCAGACAAAUACACUUAUGGAAAGGUGGAGCUGGUGGAAGAAACUCGACAGCUGGACUCCGUGUACUUUAGAAAGCUCCAGGCUUUGCAUCAAGAGAGUGGUUCCAAGAAGGAUGAGAAUACUGUUGCUGACACUGUUCUGCCAUCCUGCCCUGUUGUUCUCAAAGAAGAUCAGGACUCGUGUCAAGCUCCCAAAGAAUUGGCAGGUCCUAAUCUGUCUGAUCUGACGCAUGACAAAGAGAAGUUAGAACAGCUCUGGGUUUUUCUUAACGAACAUUCUGCUGGCAUGGAUCUCAUGUGCUGGCUAGAUAUUGAACAGCUCAGAAAGAUGCCCCACAAGGAUAAAGAAAAAAGGGAGGAAAAAUCUAAGGACAUUAAAACCAAGUAUUUAAAUAAAAAAUACUUCUUUGGACCCAACAGCCCAGCUACCAGAGAACAACAAGAACAGCUAAUGCAUUCAGGUGGAGGAUGGGGACAAAUCCUUCAUGACCGACUUUCGGCAACGAUUCUGCUAGAAAUUCAGCAAUGCGUCCAGAAGAGAUUAGAAAAACAAUGGCUGCCAUUGUUCCUGGCAGAUGAACACCACAGGGCGGAAGGACAAGCAAAGGUAAGGGACAUAACUGAAGAUCUUCCACGCCCAAAACAGGAGAAGACAACUAGGAUGUGGAAGCAUGUGGACAGUAAGUGGGUUUCUUCAUCUAGUGAAAUAAUUGCUUUCCGCAAAGCGCUGUUGGAUCCAGUGACAGCAAAUCAGUUUCAACGCUUUGUGUCACUGAAAGGAGACCUACUGGGAAACGGAGUGCUCUUUUGGCAAGAGGUACAGAAGUAUAAGGACUUGUGCCAUUCUCAUUGUAACGAUGCCACAGUCCAGAAAAAGAUCACAGCUAUCAUUGACUGCUUUAUUAAUUCCGCCGUACCCCCAGCUUUGCAGAUUGACAUCCCAAUGGAACAAGCAAAGAAGAUUCUGGAACACAGGAAAGAACUAGGACCUUACAUUUUUAGAGAAGCACAGAUGACUAUUUUUGCUCUUCUGUUUAAAUUUUGGCCAAAAUUUUGUAAGUUUCGAAGCAAUUUGCCUAGUGACAAAAUUCUACUUGCCUUGGAGAGAAAAAAGGGAAAAAAGACACAAAAGAAGGAGGGCAAGACAGCAGAGGGUAAAGAAGCAGGGAAAAAACUCAUCAGUCUGUCAAGCAGUGCUUUGGUAGAUGAGAUUGGUGUGGAGAGAGGACCAGCAUCAUUUUCAGAUGGAUAUGGGUGGCAGGUUUCCUGGUCCUAUUCCAAAUACAUAGAAGCCUUGGAGCAGGAGAGAAUACUCCUUAAAAAGCAAGAAAAUCUGGAGAAAAAAUCAUCAUCAUUCCUUUCAGGUGCUUCACCUAUGUCCUUCCUGAAGCCUGGAAACUCUGAAAAAUCCACCGUUUCUCCAAAGAGAAGUGUGAUUUUGGAGAAACACUCAAAUCUUCCCAAGAAACAGAAA